GGUGGGGCGGGUGGAAAUCUCCGACCCGGGUCCAAAUCCAGGCGACGGCCGUUGACUGCGAGGCAGUGGCCGGGAGCGAGCGAGAGGAGGAGUGACCCGGAAGCAAGCGGAGGCGGCUAGAGUCCUAGAGACGACGAGAGGGACGGCUGCGGAUGCGGAUGCGGGCGGGAGGGGUAGCCAUCUCCCGCACGCCUUCCUCCGUGCGCGCUGCUCCUGGCUCUCCUUAUCUCCCCUGAGCACCACACCCGCGGCCUGCACGGUGAAUCCGAGGGCGGGGGUUCCGGCGGCGGCAUGAAGCGGCAGAGGUCGUACGGCGACGACCUCGACGACGACCGGCGGAGGUUCUACGACCGCGGCCCCCCGCCGCCGCCACCGCCGCGGCGACCGCCGCGGGAGUACGACGGCGACAGCAGGUUCGAUCGCCGGAAGGGGUUCGGCAGCGGCGGCUUCCACGACGGCCGGUACCGGGAGUACCCCUCGCCGCGGGAGUAUGGAGGGGACCGGGCGAUGCACCGGUCCGAGAGCUUCUCCGGGUUCCGUCGGGAGUUCCCCAAGGGUUUCCGGUCGGAGCGUGACCGAUCGCGGCGGGACGGUGACGGCAGCUCGGCGUGGCGUCGCCCGGGAAGCGGUUGGAGGGACGCAGAGUGUUUUGACCAGUACAGGGCACCCGCCAGGCUGGGAGUGGCAUCGCUGACUGCGCAGCCGCAGCGAUCGCGGUCGCGGUCACGGUCGCCUAGUGUGCCGAGAAGGAGGUUUGAGGUCGAAAAGGCAGAAAAAAUGAAGAAGCAGACGGCCGGCGUUAGUGAGAUGGAGGAAGGGGAGGUCGCUCCAGAUGCUGAGCCUAAGGUCCGACCUGCUGCUGUGGAGCAUCGGAAGCAGGUUGAACCAAGCCGUGAUAAGGAGAAGGCACUGGAGCGAGGGAAGGCGAAGAAGCUGGAUCCUGAGGCCCCAGCGGAUUUGGGAACUCAAGGUAAGGGAGCGGCUGGUGCAGCUGAUCCUGACAAUGCAGGGAAGGAGGAGGGCAGGAGAAUCGGUGGUAUGAUGGCAAAAGCAGGAAAACCAAUUGACAAUGAGAAGUCUUCGGUGAAGGUUGAAAAGGAAGUCAGUGGAAGACAUGAAGCGCAAGCGCAAGAUGUGGCUACUAGUGACACAAGUAAAUUUGGGCUAAGCACUUCAGACAUUCAGCAGGAAGUGCUGCAGGAGGAAGUGAAGCAACAAGAAGAGACUAGUAAUGCUGUUCAUGUGGUUGAGCAGAGCACCUCCUAUAGUAACUUGAAGGAGGCCAUUCAGGAAGAAGCAACAACACGAGAAGAAAGUUUCAAUGAUUAUGAUGUCAGAAAGAGUGCUCCAUCCAGUUUUAGUCAAGGGGCGCUUCAGGAGGAAGUGACGGUGUUAUGCCAGACUGGCAGUGCUGCUGAUGAUGUUGGGAAGAGCACUUCACCCGUCAAGCGGCAAGAAGUGCUGCAGGAGGAGGCGCUGGCGUUAGACUGUACUGCCUGUGCUGUUCAUGAGGUUGGGAAUAGUGCUUCAUCUGGUAUGCCACAGAAGGUUAUUCAGGAAGAAGUUAUGCGGCAUGAUGGAACUGCCAGUGCUGUCGAUAGAAACGAAACUGGCACUUCUUCUGAUCUGCUGCGGGAGGCCAAUGCAACGCAGGAAAGAAUGGAAAUACUGGAUGAAACUGCCCAUAAUACCGAUGCUUCGGAACCGGUCGGUUAUUCUGUUAUGCUGAAGGAAGCUAUUCAUGAAGGAGAGUCGACGGUGGUUGCAACUGACAAUACCACUGGUGUAGCAGGACAAAGUAAUUCAUCUGAUGUGGCGGAGGAUGUGAUGCACAAGAAAGCAGCUGCGCAAGAAGGAACCACGAAUGCUGUUAUUUCAAUUGGUGAGAGCAAAACGUUCUCUGGGCUGCAGAGAGAGGAGAUAGCUUCUCUACAGCUACAGGCUCCUGGAAGUAAGGAAUUUGAAAAAUUAACUGUGAUUGGAGAGAUGGAUAAGCCAACAGAAUAUGUCGCAUUUCAACCUGCAGAAGAGCAACUUGUGAUGGAUCAAUGCGAAAAAAGAGGUGCGUCAAAGGAAACCAUGAUAGGAGAAAAUGAGGUGGCUGUUCUGGAUGAAAAUGCCAGGAAACAAGGAUUUGAUAUGGAGGCCAAUGCUGAUGGUGCUCAUAUGUUCCAUAGAUCUAUGAAAGAACAUGCUGGGGAGAGUAAGGAAGAUGUUGCUGGUUCAAAUCUGAUGACAAGGGAGUCGAUGGCUGAAGAUAAAGGAAAUGGCAUAGCAUUUGAUGUCCUUAGUAAGAAGGUUAAAGUAGAUUGUUCAAGUUCAGUGGGAAGAGGUCUCGACUCAGCAUUGCUACUUGGCGUAGCACCAACAGAAACAUUAAAAUCUGCUUCAACUAGUUCUGUAAAGCAGGAAAAGGACACAAUGAAGCUAGGGAAACUUGAUCUUUCGUUGAGCUUGUCAGGUUGUUUACAGAAUUCUGAAUUUAAGUGUUCAAUGCCCCAAACUGCUUCUCUAGUCCAUCCAGCAUGCUCUCAGCUGUUACCGUCAUCAUCUUUCCGCACAAAUUCAGAUGGUUUCACAGCUUCCAUAUCAUUGACCAGUUCUCAAACACUUGGCCACAAUCCUAGUUGUUCACUCACCCAACAGUCAUUAGACAAUUAUGAGCAUUCAGUAGGUAGCAAACCUUUCUUUAUGGGAGUUGAUCAGACGAGCAAUUGCACAGGAAGGCAAGCUCAGCUGUCUAGUGAAUCUACAGAGAAGGGGAGUGCUACCCCACUCCUUCAGAGAGUACUCCAAAAUGACCAUAUGCCAGAUACUAACACUUUGGCUGGGAUAAAAGGACAUAACAAUGACCUCGUAAGGCAUGCAAACAUCCAAGGAGUUCUGUCGCCAACAUAUAGUCGUGUUUCUCACGAUUCUGGAUUGGAACAUAAUAGACAUAGAAGGCAGCUUACAAGAGAGAGAAGUAGCAGAAGCCUUACAAGGGGUGAACGCCAGGAGGGAGAACAGCUUGUCAUUAAUGGUGCUGGUGUCAUUGAGAGGAUUAUUUCCAAGGUUGUUUCAGAACCUUUGCAUCUUACAGGAAGGAUGCUUCAAGAGAUGACAGAAAAUUCUAUAACAUAUUUGAGGGAGGCCAUUUCUGAUAUCAUAGUUGAUCCAGGUAAAAGAGGACAAAUAAUUGCUUUGCAGGAGGCACUUAAGAAAAGAUCUGACUUGAAUAGUGAUACGCUGCGAACGUGUCCACGGGUAUUGAUGGAGAUACUUGUUGCUAUAAGGACUGGGCUUCCAUAUUUUAUAAAGAAAAGUAGCAGCAUUGCUACAUCUAAUUUGGUUGACAUUUUUCUCAACUUGAAAUGUCGCAAUCUCUCAUGCCAAAGCAUUCUGCCAGUGGAUGACUGUGACUGUAAAGUUUGUCAAAGGAAGACUGGUUUCUGUAGUUCUUGCAUGUGCAUUGUCUGUUCAAAGUUUGACUCAGCAUCUAAUACUUGUAGUUGGGUUGGUUGUGAUGUAUGCCUUCAUUGGUGCCACACGGAUUGUGGCCUACGCCACUCUCUUAUUCGAAAGGGGCAAAGUGCUUCAAGGGCAUAUGGCUCUACUGAGAUGCAGUUUCACUGUGCUGCCUGUGGACAUCCAUCAGAGAUGUUUGGUUUUGUGAAGGAAGUAUUUCGAACAUGUGCGCGGCAUUGGAGGAUGGAGACACUGAUUAGAGAGCUACAGUAUGUGAAAAGAAUUUUUUCUGCAAGCGAUGAUGUAAGGGGUAAGAGGGUCAGGGACUUUGCAAAGCAAAUGCUAGUUAAGUUGGAAAACAAGGGUUAUCAUCCCGAAGUUGUCAAAUGUGUCAUUGCGUUCUUCUCGGAUGAUGAUACUAACUUGGGCAUCAAUCCAUCAGUACCUCUGAAAGGCAUACCAUGCAGCAUUGCUGAAGCUAUAGAUGGGAUUCCUAGUUCAAGUCGGAAGGCAGCAUGGACACCGUUUACCUUAGAGGGACUUCCAGUUUUAGACAAAACAGCUGUUCUUUCUACCACAGGGAGCCCAUCUCUGCAUAGAAAAUCUGGUGAAGCUGAGUUUGCGACAAUUGAUAAUAAGGUUGUCAUUGAUGAGCUGGAUAGCCUGAUUAGGUUAAAGCAGGCUGAAGCUAAUAUGUACCAGGAACGUGCAAAUGAUGCACGUAACGAGGCUGACAAUCUGAGACGUAUUGUUAUGGUAAAAAAUGCACGAAUCGAGGAAGAUUAUGCCACCCAAAUUGCUGAUCUUGACAUAGACGGGUUACAAGAACGGCGCAAGCAAAAGAUUGAAGAACUCCAAGUCAUUGAAAGAACCCAUCAUGAAUUUCUCAGCAUGAAAACUAGGAUGGUAGCUAGCAUUAGGGAAUUAUUGUCAAAAAUGGAGGCACUGAAACAAAAUCGAAGCAUAUGAACUGAGGUUACUACUUAUGGUUCGUUGCAGGAAUCAAAGUUUGAUCAGAUUAUGUAAGGAAGUCUGCACACAUUGUUGUAGGUUUUUUCUUUUGUGUUUAUUUCCGCUUGUUCUAGGACUAGCUUCUGUAAGAUUAUUCUUUUCCUGUACUACUGUGAUAGAUCCUUCACUUUUCGAUCAUUUCAGUCACAUAGGGGAAAUGAUGAGCUGUAAACUCUAGAUCUUCCUGUAUAUAAUCUCAAUAAUUUUGCACAUGUAUUGUUUUCC